AUGAUGAGCCAUACUGGAGAGAAACCCUACAAAUGUGAAGAAUGUGGCAAAUCCUUUCAUUUUCAUUCAUAUCUUACUCAACAUAUGAUAAUCCACACUGGAAAGAAACCCUACAAAUGUGAAGAAUGUGGCAAAGCCUUUCGUUCUCAUUCACAUCUUAUUCAACAUACAAUAAUCCAUACUGGAAAGAAACCCUACAAAUGUGAAGAAUGUGGCAAAGCCUUUCACAUUCGUUCACGCCUUACUCGACAUAUGAUGAUCCAUACUGGAGAGAAACCCUACAAAUUUGAAGAAUGUGGAAAAGCCUUUGACUCUUGUUCAUAUCUUACUCAACAUACAAUAAUCCAUACUGGAGAGAAACCCUACAAAUGUGAAGAAUGUGGCAAAGCCUUUCACAUGCGUUCACUCCUUACUCGACAUACGAUGAUCCAUACUGGAGAGAAACCUUACAAAUGUGAAGAAUGUGGCAAAGCCUUUUACAUGCGUUCACGCCUUACUUGGCAUACGAUGACCAUACUGGAAAAAACCCUACAAAUGUGA